ACCACAAUAAAUAAGGCGAACGGCGCAAUGAGUUAGUGCCUGAUAAACGGGAGAUCACCUUUUGGCCUUGUGUCCCCGUAGAAUACUCGGCGAAUGGCAAAUAUGACUAGACUUCAUGGUCUGCGUGCGAAUGGCCUGGGGGCAUGAUAUAAGAGCAAGGGCUUUUGUCAGUUUGCUGUCUUCUUUCCCAUCCCCCUAGUAUCUAAUAACAACUCUGCGGACUAAACGAACAUUACUGCAUCAAAUUAAGAUGAUCUCACGACCCGAACUCACUCUUCUCGAGCAGCUUGAAGCUACUGGGGUCAAAAUCGACACCGACUCCAUGGAUCCCAAGGUGGCUGCGAACUUGCCUAUCAAAGCCCACGAUAUGACCUCCAACCAGCUUUUGACCGAUGAGCAGCUCAAGAAUCCCGAGAACAAGGAACUUGUGGAGAAGACGAUUAGAGAACUCAAGGGCGCGAAUUGGUUUGACGUCCAAACUGUUUUGACCGCUCGAUUUGCAAAGAGAGUCAUCCCUUACAUCCAGGGCCGUGUCCUUGCUCAGACUACUCCGACCAAGGCUUUCGACAAGGACGCCAUCAUUUCCCACGCUCGUGCUUACGACAAGGCCUUCCAAGCUGAGGGUAUCUCUCGUGACCGAUACUGCGUCAAAGUACCCGCCACUACUGCCGGUGUCCAGGCAGCGAAGAUUCUCAACGAAGAGGGUAUCAGGACGCUCGGUACCUCGCUCUUCUCCCUUGCCCAGGCUAUCGCUUGCUCUCAAGCCGGCAUGCUGUCCAUUAGCCCCUAUUACAACGAGGUGCGAGCCCAUGUUGAUUCCUCUCUUUGGCCCGACGUGGCAGACCCCGCUACUCAGCAUCCCAUGUCAUUCCGCGUAAGACACAUUCGCGAAACUUAUGAUCGAUUGGCCAAGGAGACUGGUAAAGUCCAGCCACUCAUCAAGGGGGCCUCGUACAUCACCGCACGCGAAGUCAUGGCCAUGCCGGAACUUGGCGUCGAGCACGUUACUCUCCUUGUCGGCCCCAUGGAAGACCUCUGUUCGACUUCUCGCUUGCCAGAAUACCGUAAAGGCGGCGAGUGGCAGGUUCGUGUUCGCUCAGAGCUCGACAAACCUAAUGUCAAAUGGGCCACUUGGUCUGCCCCCGAGCCUUCUGCUUCGAAGAAGAGGAUGGCAGAAAUGGCAAAAUCAGACCCAUACAGCGAUUUGAUGCAGAAGCACUGGAAGAUGGCCAGCACUGAUGUAGAUUAUUUGGCGGAUGGGGUUUUGGAUAAGUAUAAUGAGGAGGACGAGGUUACUAAAGUUCGCUUGAGGGAUGCUUUGGAGCUCUUCAAGGGUGGAGAGGCGGAGUCGAAGGUUGAGAUUGAAAGGCUGCAGAAGCUGUACGCUUAAGUCAUGUUCAUACUGCUGUGGCUCCUUCCCGUGUAACGUAGUGAUGUGUAUAGAAGUGUUUAUGGUUGCAGGAAUGAAAACU